AUGGCUGAGUACACGAGGCUGCAGAACUUCCUGGCGCUGAUUCGCCUGCGAAACCCGCCGGUCAACGCGAUCAGUGCUGCUGUCAUCAAUGGUGUAAGAGAUGGGCUGCAGAACGCUGUAGGAGAUAGUACAGUGAAAGCCAUUGUGAUUUGUGGAGCUGAUGGCAAAUUCUGUGCAGGAGCUGAUAUCCACAGCUUCAAUGCUCCAGGGCGCUUUGGCUUGUCAUUAGGAAACUUAGUGGAUGAUAUACAAAAAAGUGAGAAGCCUGUGGUGGCCGCUAUCCAAGGCAUGGCGUUAGGAGGGGGACUGGAGCUGGCCCUGGCCUGUCACUAUAGGAUUGCCCACGAAGAGGCUCUGGUGGGUUUACCAGAAGUCAACCUAGGAAUUCUUCCUGGUGCACGAGGAACCCAGCUUCUCCCCAGACUCAUUGGAGUUCCUGCAGCACUUGACUUAAUUACCUCAGGAAAGCAUGUUUCGGCACGUGAAGCACUCAAGCUGGGUAUUCUAGAUGAAGUUGUAAAUUCUGACCCAGUUGAAAAGGCAAUAGAAUUUGCCCUGAGAGUUUCAGAUAAGCCUUUAGAGUCUCGUAGACUCUACAAGAAGUCCAUUGAGAACUCGCCCAACAUGGAUGCCGUUUUUGAUGAGGCCUUUCAAAAUAUGAGGAAGCAGUACCCUGGGCAGCUUUCUCAGGAGACCUGUGUCCGUGCAGUGCAGGCUGCAGUGCAUUUUCCUUACGAAGUGGGCAUCAAGAAGGAGGAGGAACUGUUCCUGUACCUUCUGCAAUCAGGGCAAGCUCGAGCCCUGCAAUAUGCUUUCUUCGCUGAGAGGAACACGAAUAAGUGGUCAACUCCCUCUGGAGCUUCUUGGAAAACAGCUUCAGCAAGGCCUGUCUCCUCAGUUGGUGUUCUUGGCUUGGGAACAAUGGGCCGAGGAAUUGCCAUUUCUCUGGCCAGGGCCAAGAUCCCUGUAAUUGGUGUGGAGUCAGACAAGCAGCAGCUAGAAACAGCAAACAAGAUGAUAACCUCCAUCUUGGAAAAGGAUGCAUCCAGAGUGCAACAGAAUGGCCAGACCUGGUCAACACCCACACCCAGGUUUACCACAUCUAUGAAAGAGCUCAGUGGUGUCGAUUUAGUCAUUGAAGCAGUGUUUGAGGACAUGAACCUAAAAAAGAAGGUUUUCGCUGAACUCUCAGCCAUAUGCAAGCCGGAAGCUCUUUUAUGUACUAACACUUCAGCUCUGGAUAUUGAUGAGAUUGCUUUGGUCACUGACCGCCCUCAUUUGGUCAUUGGCACCCACUUUUUUGCACCAGCUCAUGUCAUGAAGCUGUUAGAGGUUAUUCCCAACAAGCACUCCUCUCCCACGACCAUUGCUACUGUUAUGAGCUUGUCAAAAAGGAUGGAGAAAGUUGGGGUAGUCGUAGGGAACUGUUUUGCGUUUGUUGGGAAUCGAAUGUUGUUCCCUUUAGGCAUCCAGGCGACCUUCUUGGUAGAAGAAGGUAGUAAGCCAGAGGAGGUAGAUCAAGUCCUGGAAGAGUUUGGGUUUAAAAUGGGACCCUUUAGAACAUCCGAUCUUGCUGGCUUGGAUGUGGGUUGGAGAUCUCGUCAGGGGCAGGGUCUUACUGGACCUUCAUUGCCUCCAGGGACUCCUGCACGAAAACGAGGCAGCAGAAGAUACUGCCCAAUCCCUGAUAUGCUCUGUGAACAAGGGCGAAUUGGUCAAAAGGUAGGGAAGGGAUGGUACCAAUAUGACAAACCCAUGGGUAGGAUUCACAAACCUGACCCCUGGCUUUCCAAAUUUCUGUCUCAGUACCGAGAAACCCAUCACAUUGAACCGCGUAGCAUUAGCCAGGAUGAGAUCCGUGAGCGCUGCGUCUAUGCGCUCAUCAAUGAAGGGUUCCGUAUCUUGGAUGAGGGGAUAGCUUCUAGUCCAGAGCACAUUGAUGUUAUCUAUUUACACGGGUAUGCAUGGCCGAGGCACAAGGGUGGGCCCAUGUUCUAUGCCUCCACGGUUGGAUUGCCCACGGUGCUGGAGAAGCUGCAGACGUAUUACAGACAACAUCCUGAUAUUCCCCAACUGGAGCCCAGUGACUAUCUGAAGAAACUGGCCUCCCUGGGAAAUCCGCCUUUGCAACAAUGGCAGAGUUUGGCGGGGUCUCCUAUCAAUAAAUUGUGA